GACCCUUUUCUCUCUCUUUUUCUCAUCCUUCUUUGUCUGUUCUCUCUCACAUCCAAACCACCCUACUCCCAAUUCGUCCAUAUCUUCCUCCCCUCCACACACCCACAACAACAACAACAAUGCCCUCCUACGCCGAGGUCGCCGCCCCCGACGGCGUCGAUGAGCAGCAGUCUUUCGGCUUCGACGUGCAGGUCGACGCCAAGCAGCGCGAGGGAUACGCGCUGGUAGGACGGGCCAUUGCCCAGGAGCCCAUCGGCAAGCCGUACAGCACGGUCGUGGACGGAGCGCCGGUGACGCGCGAGCGGCAGCCGUACUUCCCCGCCGACGAUGGGACGGACCCGCUCAUUGACGCGGGCACGGCCCGCGCGACCAUUGCUGCCAGCAGAGAGAGGCCGAACGGCACUAUCGAGGGGGGUUGGGCGCGCGACCACCAGGACCAGACGGUUGUGCAGCAGCAUGUUGCGUACUGGGACCAAGACAACGACGGCAUCAUCUGGCCACAAGACACGUACCGGGGGAUGCGGGCAUGGGGCUGGUCGGUACCGCUGGCGCUGCUCGCAACCUUCCUGAUCAACUUCAACCUCUCAUACCCCACCCUGCCGGGCUGGCUCCCAGACCCCUUCUUUCGCAUCUACAUCUCGCGCCUGCACAAGGACAAGCACGGCUCGGACAGCAUGAGCUUCGACAACGAGGGCCGCUUCAAGCCGCAGCAGUUCGAGGACCUGUUCGCCAAGUACGACCGCGGCGACAAGGGCGGCCUCGACGUGUGGGACUUGUUGCGUGCUUGGAAGGGCCAGCGCAUGGCGUUUGACUUCUUUGGCUGGAGUGCUGCGUUUUUGGAAUGGCUUGCCACUUACCUCCUGCUCUGGCCUGAGGACGGCAUCCUGCGCAAGGAAGAAAUCCGCCGCGUCUUCGAUGGCAGCAUCUUCCAGUACAAGGCCGACCAGUACGCCGAGAAGCAGCGCCGCGAGAAGGAGAAGAAGAAGUCGUCUUGGCUGCGCCUCAGGGCUAAGCUUUUGUAAGCUUUUCGGUCUUGUGCAAUAGCUGCAGCUUGGCGUGCUUGGGUUGCAAGAUUAUCUUUCAAGCCCUGCUGAGUAUCUACAUCAUAGACGAUCAGAUGUACUACGUAUGAAUUAGCGCGGUAGUUGCGGCGAUUUCUGGUUUGUUUUGGCAACGAGUUAUGAUAACAAUGGAAAAUAUACUUUAAUGAAUUGGCAU